CAGUGGCUUUCCCAAGACAAAUUCUUGAGAUCCAGUUUGGUUUUCGGACGCUCUACGUAACGCAACAGGCUGCACGUACACAAAAUGACAACGUGUGCAGUUUCCUUCUGUCGUUAACAUUGUCACGACAUAAAAACUGACUCUUUGUGUAGCUAGAACUUUGCAAGUUUAUCAAAAACACAACCAGUUCACAACUUUUUUUUGUAGACUGUUUACGAUUUUGCGAAUCAUGAUCAUGGACAUCUUCCAAAGUUUUUUUCCCAUCGUUUGGAUGAUGACGAUUGCUAGGGCCGAAAUAUUUACAUCUGUUGCCCAUCUAGAAAAUGCAUUGUAUGCUGAAAGAGACAUUGCCCGGACACUGAAGAAUUAUAUUCAGAGAGAAGAGGAGAAACUGGAAAAACUAAAAAGCAUUGCAGAUGACAUGGAAACUCAUAGUGCCAAUGCUUUAAAGGACCCUGUUCGCUACCUGGCCAACCCGAUUGGUGCGUUUUUGUUCAUUAAACGUUUCACUCUCGACUGGGAUCGUGAUGUCGCCACGAUACUCAAAGAUGAUAAGAUGCAUCAAGUUCUUCUGAGUGAAGUAGAAAACUCCCGUCAGAGUCUUCCUAAUUAUGAAGAUUUAGCGGGCGUGGCUGCAGCAUUCAUGCGACUUCAGGACACGUACCAGCUAGACACGACACGUCUGGCGGAGGGAGACAUCCACGGGCGACAGAUAUCGGCACUAACAGCGGAGUCGUGUUUCGAGCUCGCCCGACUGUCGUAUGUUGACGGCGACUACCGACACACUAUCAUGUGGAUGGAACGGACCCUCGACAGACUAGACCGCAACCAGUCGGACUAUAAGGCGAAAAAACUUGAAAUUCUCGAUUAUAUGGCCUUCUCUAUGUUUAAGCAAGGGAAUCUCAGACAUGCUUUGUCAAUGACAAAUGAACUGUUAAUAAUUGACCCAAGUCACGAACGAGCACAGAACAACAAGCGCUAUUACGAACAAAUGAUUGUUGAAGAGGAGAAAAAGUUUGGUAACCGAGGUGAUAUUGGUGAGACGCCCAUUAAGAACGAGCCCGAUGUAGAUGAGUACAGACAGUCUGCAGAGUUCCGACAUUAUGAGGCGCUGUGUCGUGGUGAAGAAGUACUGGAGGUGCAGGAUCAGCAUCGAUUAAGAUGUCGUUACUAUAACAACAACAAACACCCAAUGCUGCUGAUUGGUCCCGUGAAAGAGGAGGACGUGCACAUUUCUCCGAAGAUUGUCAUGUAUUAUGACGUCCUUAGUGACAGUGAGAUUGAAGUCAUCAAAUCACUGGCCAUGCCUAAGUUAAUGAGAGCAACUAUUCAGAACUCCAAGACAGGAGAGUUGGAAACAGCAUCUUAUAGAGUUAGCAAAAGUGCCUGGCUAAUGACGUCAGAUCACCCCAUGAUUGACAAAAUCUGCAAGCGGAUUGAAGCCAUUUCAGGCCUGACAUUAGACACAGCAGAAUAUUUACAGGUGGCAAACUAUGGAAUUGGUGGACACUAUGAGCCUCACUAUGACUUUGCCAGGAAAGAAGAAAAAGAUGCAUUCAAGUCUUUAGGAACAGGGAACAGAAUCGCCACUUGGUUAAACUAUAUGACUGACGUAGAAUUAGGGGGUGCCACUGUUUUCCCAUACAUUGGCGUGAAAGUGUUUCCUAAAAAGGGUGCUGCAGCGUUCUGGCAUAACUUGUACCGGAACGGUGAAGGAAUAUAUGACACACGCCAUGCAGCUUGUCCCGUUCUCAUCGGCACCAAGUGGGUAUCGAACAAGUGGAUUCACGAGAGAGGGCAGGAGUUCAGGAGGCCGUGUUCAACAAAUCCAGAAGAAUAAUGUUUCAGUUAUAAUGUUUCAGAUGUCCUUGUUUGUGAUACGUUACUAAUGGAAGUGUGUGUGUGUGUGUGGUUUUAUGUAGGGUUUAAGCUGUCAUUUGCCAAAUUGACAAAUGUGAUUUAAAGUUGAAUUUGAUGAAUAUAUGUCAUUACCAAUUCACCAAAAAGCUAAUUAAAAACUCUUGUCGUUUUUAUGAGUAUUAUAGCUAUAAAAAAAAUAACUAUUUAGCUAAAUGUUAAAUGAAUUUGCCUACAGAUUUUCCGAUCAAAUUUGCCAUUCCUAUUCAUUUUUGGCAUCCAGCUUAAACCCUAUUAUGUUAUAUAACUGGUCUAACCUGUUUCAGUGAAAUUACAUUUUUAACAAGUGACAGAUGCAUUAUUGGGGAAAAUGUGUGUAUGUGAAAUGAAGAACCCGUAAAUAGCUUGAACAAAAUGAAGUUUAACACGCGAGGUAAAGUGAAUCAAAUGAUCUGUUUGUUUUCUUGGCAUUCAUGUUGAACUUUCUAUUUUUGUUGUUGUACUACUUUCAUGCUCUUAAAAAUAUUUUUUUGUAGCAUGUCUUUCCUAGUUGUUAUCAUUAUCAUAAACAAGUAAUGCUAAAACUACACUGUUCAAAAUAAGUUCAGGAUGUUGAAUUGAAAUGUGACUAAGCAGUGUUUUUGCCAGAAAGAAAUUUUUGGGUAUGGUGCUAUGAAAUUGAAUAUUUACAAUGUGUGUGCUGAAUGCAACUGCAGUCAAUAGGGGGGUAUCAAAGGCAUCCCCCCAAAAGAAAAUGGGUUAGGUUUAGGGUUUGGAUUAAAACAAUCAUACAGUAAUGAUAAAGAGUAAUUUUACCCUCUGGCAGAAACCCUGUUACGUAUGGAAUGAAAGGUACCGGCAGCAGCAAAAACCACAGCACAUUAAUCUUAGUAUCAUAGCCAGCCUUGAUCCCAGACCUAUACCCCAUCGAACACAUGUGGGGCAUCAUCAGAAGAUAUCUCCCUUAAUGGCAUCCCAGAAAACUGACAGAGCUGAGGGCUGCCCCACAAAAGGUAUUGGAUGGCAGGACUCACUCUGUCCAUUCCCAUAUUAGGCAAUUGUUAAUUUGUAUACAAAGUGACUACAACAUUUGGUAUUUAGGUGAUAAAAAUGUCUUUAAAUUGGCCACUUUUGAACAAUUGUUUUAGAAAAUACUCUACAUAUGUGAAAAUUGACUAAAACAAAAUUUGUUUCAGUGUGGGCCCUGGAAUAAGAUCCCUAAAUUGGCACUGGAUGUUUAAUCCAGAGAAUACCACAAGGGAUUCACGCAUGUUCAAUUCUGGUAGUUACCUCUUUUAUAAAUUAAUUGUGUAGAAUUUCACAACAUCUCCCCUCUAUAUCCUGACAUAAACAUUUACCGGUAAUGUGACUAUUUCUGUUUUGACACUGCUACAAUCAAUUUAAAUACUACACUGUUCUUGGUGUCUUGUUGUGGUUGAAUAUCCGUUCUUAUUUUUAACAGUAUAUUUUCUGUAGUAUAUUCAUUCUCUGAAACUGUUUCAGCACAAAUAUAACAAAUAUAAACAUAACGUUUUUGAAGCCUCAUUUGAAUUAAUUGUAAAACCAUAAAACACCACGUUUUAUAUAUUAACUUUUUUCCAUCUUUUUUUUUUUCAUUAUGCAUUAACAUCUAACUACAUUCGUUUAGAUUUCUUGUUGAAAUGGUCAAUGAUUGUUUUUUUUGUUUUUUUAAGCAUAAUAUUUUGCAAUAAACGUUAAAUAAAGGAGCAUUACUGGGUAUUAAAAUUGCACUACGCACAUUUAUUUACUUCUUUGUUUUUGUUGACUACUGUAUAUUAUUCUGUUAACAAAUCUUAAUAAUGUGAUUUAUUAUAAUAUUCAUAGAUCUCAUUGCUUAUGAAGCAAUUGACUGGUCAGUUACCUUCAUUGGUCUCACAUAUCCUCUCCUCUGAGUUAUCUCCCCUUUGUUUUGACUUAGUUUCUUCAGACAUGUUCUGUGUUGUGACCAUCAUCUGUACUUCAUGCACCUCAGAACUUCAUUUUGGUUGGUUUUCUUGUUUCAUUUAUUGUAUACAAACCUAAGUCUGAAACAUCAACUUGAUAAUCAUUUAGCAUCUUGAGCCAAGUUUGUGUAAGGUGACAGACAUGUAUUUUUUUUAAUGCAUUUAAGUCUUGAUAAUUAAAUUUCUGUAACAUUCAUUAAGCCUACAAUUUAAACCCAUCCCGUUGGUCUAGCGAUAACAACACCAGUUUGUUAAUUUUUCAAUGAACAUAAAAAUAAUGUCAUAUCUGAUGAUGUCAGUAUAUAUUGGUACUUUAUCAUAUUAAGCGUUAUUGGUUAGAACUCCCCGAAAUAAAUCAAAAUUAACAUGCACUUUUAGUGUUAAUAUUAAUCUUCAAAUUUAAUUUUAGGAAUUGUUUGUUAUUUCUUGUUCAUUCAUCAGGGUAUGAACAAAAAGGUUAUGGGCAAACUUGUGUGUGAACAAAGUCAUCGCCAUUUCACACAGUUGCAGACAACAUUUAUGUGGACAUGGGUUACACAAAGAGAAAACUGGUUACCUGAAUUUAUUUUUCUAUAAUCCAUAAAUGUAUUAUGCAUAUUUUCAAUUCUCGUGGGUCUGAUAAAUACCUUUAAUAAAUUUGGCUCUCUGUGUCCAUUUUGUUCCUGUUGUUUUCUCAUAGUUUGUGUGAAUGAGAUAAUGUGGGGUGAACAAUGAUCUGAAUGUAAUGUAGAGGUAUGCGGUUACGGAAACUGAUGAGAUUUGUUGGAUAUAUUCUCAUUUUUAAUGCUAUACAGGGCUAGCUCUGGAACUCGCCAAAUUCGCCCAUUGCAAAUUUUAAAAACAAUUGGCAAAUUUUAUUUUAAUUUGGUGAAAUAAUUUCAAGUAUUAAUUGAUAUUUUGUUAUAAAAUAACUGGGUUUCUGUAAGUUUAGUAGAUAAUUUGGUGAAACAAUUUCAAGUAUUAACUGAUAUUUUGUUAUAAAAUAACUGGGUUUCUGUAAAUUUAAUAGAUAAUUGGGCGAAAUUUUCUGUUGAUCCAGAGCUAUCCCUGCUAUACAUGUACAUGCAAUAUUGUUCUUUCAUUUAUACCACUAUACAUGUUCCUGCAAUAUUUUAAAUGGUUUAAUGCUUCCAUGGCAAAGCAAUAUUAUUGUAUAGUUAAAUAAUCCAUGUUUCAAUUAAAAUUACUAGUAGUCCCAGCUUAAAUUGUUUUAUCCACAUGUGUCAAACUUUUUAUAUUAUUGGUUUCAAUAGUUAUAAAAUUACACUACAUUUUGCAUAGUAUUAUACAUGUAUGCAAGGGUGUGAUUUUUUAGCUAUGGCAUGAUUUUAAGCUUGUGUUUGCAUCAAAUAAUUUAAACAAAGUCCAUUGCUUGUGAUCUGAAAUACAGCAAAAUUACUUCGGAGUUUGGUAUAAAGUUUAUAGAUUUUAAAAGAUAUUUCAGCUUUUUAUUUUUCAAAUGGCUCUCUCAUUCUUGCAUGAGCAUUUGUUGUGUCAAUUGUUAUGUUAGUUUACAAAAUGUUUUUUUAAUUUUCCAGUUUCAUCUUCAUUGUGCUUUUAUUCAAGCUGAAAAAAAUCAACAUCUGACAUAAAAAAGUUGUCUUUUGAUUUGCAAUCAAGUAUCCAUAACAAAACAUUACUUUGGAGGUUUGUUAACAAAAGUGGAUGGUAUAACCAUUUUUCAUUGCUGCUUUGUGAAUGAUGGGAAUUCAAGUAAUGUUGUUGUUGUUGGGGGGUUUUGAAGUCUGAUUUAUUAAAGAGUUUGCUUUUCAAUAAUCAAGUUUUUGGAUUUUUUAAAAAUUAUAUUUAGGACUGGCUAUAUAUUUUUAUGAAAAUACCUAUAUUGAUAAUGUAUGUUGGGGAGCAUGCAGCCUUUACAGAAUGUACAAUGUUUGUCGUUUAUAUUUAAAACUAAAUCUGUUGAUCAGUAUAUUGACUUUUCGUACACAAUAAUGUAUAUAUCAAUAUAUUCCAUACUAAACAGUUAUUUUUAAAAUAGAUAUUAUAUUUAAUUAAUAUUCAUAAUAUUUUGAGUGUUAACUUUUUAUGUUUAACCACCAUUAAAAUGAUAUUCUUUAAAACAAUUCCAAAAUCAGCUAAUUUUUCAGCUGUAUGAUGAAUUUUCAUGUAUGUUUCGUUUUUGGUGCAUCAAAUUUUAAUAAAUACCACAAGAUUUAUUCAACUUCAAAAUGGCAACAUUCAUUUAAAAAAAAAAUGUUUUAAACCUAUUGAUGAUACAAAACAAUUCCAAAAUCAGCUAAUUUUUCAGCUGUAUGAUGAAUUUUCAUGUAUGUUUCGUUUUUGGUGCAUCAAAUUUUAAUAAAUACCACAAGAUUUAUUCAACUUCAAAAUGGCAACAUUCAUUUAAAAAAAAAAUGUUUUAAACCUAUUGAUGAUACUUUCAAUACUCAAUUUUGUUUAUUUUAUGGGGGAUGGGGUGGGGGGAAAGGUCUUUUGGAUGAUACCAAGUAUAUGGUAAUUAUAUAUAUAUAUACAGUGAAACCUCUCAAAACCAGACCCUCCUGGUAAAUUGGAAUUCCCUCAAAACCGGACGUUUUUCGUGGUACCUUUUUAAAUAGGGGCAGAAGAGAACCUCUCUAAACUGGAUUCCUCUUAAAACUGGACUUUUUACUUGGUCCCGAGGGUGUCCAGUUAGAGGAGUUUCACUGUAUUACCUUCACUGUUGAUGUAUCAUGUAUGUUAUUUUGUAUUUGUAUUUCGUAAGGUGCUAAAGUGAAUUUUUAUACACCUGUAUAUUGUUCUCGACAUUUUGUGGAGAUAAAUAUUUUGAUUAUCCUUGAGUUUCAGCUUUAAUAUCUGGACACAACUGCAUAAUCAAAUUAAACUUUUAGUUGUAAA